GCCUAUAAUUAUUACUCCUCAACAAUUUGAUUCCUCUAAAUUUGAUGAAAGUGAUCACUUUUAACCUUCGUCAAAUAUUUAACGAACUUUGGCAAUUACAUUUUAUGGGAAGUAAAAUGAAAAAGAAAAAGAUAAAUCAGAAAUACUAGGAAAGUCCCUCAAAUCUCAGAAACGGCAACACCAAAAACUCCACCGAACAGAAGCUCUUCUUUUUUAUUUUAAGCACUAAAUAAUUAUUCAUUUUCCUUUAUGACCAAUUACCUCUUUAGGUUAAUUGUUAGGUGUGAAUACCCGGUGCAGAUAAUUGAAUAUUUACUGUCUACUUUUGACUUCAAACUCUGUUAUUAAUGAAUAAUUACUUAGAUUAUGUAAUCUCAGUUCAUUUAAAUACCUGUCCUUAAAAAUCUAAGAUUCUUUUUUCACUUCAAGACUCAAUAAAUUCAAAACUAAGGUGAAUUAUUCUUGUAUAUUUUCUUCGCUCAGAGCUAACUUGAUUUGUUAAUCACUUUUAUUUUGCUCUCUUGUUUCAUUUUUCUCUCAUUCAUGGAUUCUCAAAGUGAUGAAAGUAUUGGAUCAAAUUCUGGCCAAGAGAAUGGAAACAAAUCGGUUUAUCGACAUUCUUUUGAACGAGUAAUCGAGAAACUAGAAGAGGUGUUUAGUCAGAUACCAGACCCAGAAAAUCAUGUAAUAAAGCAAUUGAGUGAGGAGAUAGGGCUUGAUACAACACAAGUUAAAAUUUGGUUUGAUAACAAAAGAUGCUACAUACAGGCCCAAAGGGAUAUGGAAGAACGUGAGAUUCGUUUGGAGAACUUGCAGAUGUGUUUCGAGUUGAAGAAACGAUUUUUUGCUACUUGCAACAAUCCUGAGCAACAACGAACAAUCUUACAGGACUUGCAAAAUGAAAAUGCUAAAUUAAGAGAAGAGAUUACGAUGAUAUCCAAUAUGAUUGAUCGUUUGAAGGAAGACCCUGAAAGAUACUUGUUCUUACUCCAACAAAAUUAUCUGCAUAACUACAAUGAUCCAAAUGGCCUAGAUUUGGAGCUCCGAUUAGAAUGUUACAAUUAUCCAAAUGGCCCAGAUUUGGAGCUCAAAUUGGGAUAAAUGUUCCCGCAAUUUUUCAAGAUUGAAUUGGAACUAACUGAAAGCUAUUUGAUGAUUGAAAAAUGAAGGAUGAAAGGAUUAACUGGUAUUCAACUAGUUUUUCUAGUAUUCUCUCAAGUAUAAUCUAGCAACUGUUGUAGAACUUGGGUUUCAAUUAUCAUUUUAUUCAUGUAUUUACUUUAUGUUAUGUUAGAUUUUCCAAGUUCUUGC